AUGCCAUCGGCGAACGGCGCGUUGUCGAAGCUUUUGUGCUCAUGCUAUCAUCCGAAACAAGACGCUCGGCUUACCGAGAAUGAAACAGCUGAUCGUUAUGAAGUUACCGAGAAAGAUCAUUCGGAUCAUGAAGAGCCAAAAGAAAAGCCGAGACGAGAGAGUACAGCGAAAGUGGAGAAUCGCGACAAUGAAGACGAAAAGAGGAGCGAAAAAGUGAAGAACAAAACGAACGCAAUGGAACAAGAGGUGACUACACCUAUUGAUGAAGAGAUCGCGGAAGAUCAGGUAUGUAAUCGAUCGAUAUAUUGA